AUGGAAUGCGAAUGGGAGCCGGACACAAGACAUCUGAAUCUGAGUGUGGAACGACGCACUAAUGCUUCCCUGCAGGUCAUGGGAGGUAUCACUGUGGAUCAACCGAUUAGCAACAAUGCCAGCGAAAACAAGCUUCUAAUAACAAAUGCUGGGCAUUCUAAGACCUAUGAUUGGUCCCUUUCAACUGCAGAAAACUUUAGUCACGAUGAAAUGGAGUUUGUGGGGCCUUUUGCCGAUAUUCGUGCUCAGCUCGAUCACACAUAUCACACCAACUUCAUGCCUGCAAGGCAGAGGUUGCAGGAUAUGCUGAUCGAAGAGGUGCGAUGGGAUCAGGGAAAUCCUACGUCAUUGACAAGAUAUGUCAAAAUCCUGCUUUUCGUCUUGGAGACAUUGUGUCCUCAGAUUGUGAGGGUGGAUCCAGACUUCUUCCGUCUCAGACUCCCUGAGUGGUCCGAAUAUGCUUCCCGAAACUACGAAACAGCUGGGAAACUCACACACAGAGAAUGUGGGUACUGCGUAGAGAUUGCCCAAGAGGCUGCUCUGCAGCAAGGGAAGACGUUGUUUGUCGAUGGGAGUCUAAGGAACUAUGAAUGGUACUCAAGGACAAUAGAAGAUAUCCGUCAGCGACAUCCGAGACACAGGAUUGCGAUCAUUCACGUCGAGGCUAGUAUGGAAGUAAUUCUUUCUCGAGCGUCAGACCGUGCAAAGAGGACAGGGCGACAUGUCCCAGAGAGCGAAGUUUUUGAUUCGUACACGAUGGCAAUCAAGACUGCUCACCGCUUAGGCCCAAUGGUAGACCUUUACACAAGAAUCUUCAAUGAUGCAUCGGGGCCACAAUUACCAGAAGUGAAAGAUUCCAUGACAAGACCUCAGGAAGGAAUGACAAGCUGUGCAAGGGAGCUCUACAGUUGCAUCCAAAACAGCUGUAACAUCUCAGUGUCUUCCGACGAAUUACACAUGGAGGGGUCCCAUGUUAUCUCCAACAUUAAGUGA